UGGAGGCGAAGCUGUCAAAGUGGCAUCGGCCUCAGCACUGUAGUGGGUGUUCGUCUCUGUGUUUGUUUGCUACAAAGCACGCCGAAAUGAGUAGCGUCCUGAAAAGUUCUAAGGAAAGAUCGCAAAAAAGGCGGAAAUUACUGGCGCAAACUUUGGGCCUUGACAGCGUCGACCAGCUAAAAGUAGUUUUGGGCACUGCCGAAGAAACCUGCGUGCAAAAGGCUUCCCGCGACGAUGAAGACGAAGGACCGGCCAAUAACCCGCCCAAAAAGACGACUUCCGAGAAUUUGGUGUACAGAGAUUCGUCGACAUUUCUAAAGGGAACACAAUCCUCGAAUCCGCAUAACGACUACUGCCAGCACUUUGUAGACACCGGCCAACGUCCCCAGAACUUCAUUCGGGAUGUGGGACUGGCUGAUCGGUUCGAAGAAUAUCCGAAAUUGCGGGAAUUGAUUCGACUCAAAGAUGAGCUGAUUCAAGAAACUGCCACUCCCCCCAUGUACUUGCAUGCAGACGUUAAAACUCUGGAUUUGAAGACUUUAGGGACCAAGUUCGAUGUGAUUCUUAUUGAGCCACCUCUGGAGGAGUAUGCACGGGGCGCAGCCAGCGUCGCCGUAGCCGGGACGACUCCCCGCACCUUUUGGUCGUGGGAUGAAAUUAUAAAUUUGGAUAUCGGCGAAGUUGCUGCUCACCGAAGUUUCGUAUUCCUUUGGUGCGGUAGCUCAGAGGGUCUGGACAUGGGCCGGAACUGUCUAAAGAAGUGGGGCUUUCGACGAUGCGAGGACAUUUGCUGGAUUCGUACAAACAUAAAUAAACCAGGACAUUCAAAGAUCCUAGAACCGAAGGCAGUAUUCCAGCGCACAAAAGAGCACUGCCUGAUGGGCAUCAAAGGCACCGUACGACGAUCUACCGACGGCGAUUUUAUCCACGCCAAUGUCGACAUCGAUCUUAUCAUUUCUGAAGAGGAGGAGUUUGGUAGCUUCGAGAAACCAAUUGAAAUAUUUCAUAUAAUCGAGCAUUUCUGCUUGGGACGACGUCGCCUGCAUUUAUUCGGGCGUGAUUCUAGUAUAAGACCGGGUUGGCUUACGGUGGGGCCAGAAUUGACUAAUUCAAAUUUCAACGCUGAAACUUAUGCUGGGUUUUUCUCCGACAAUACAACGACUGGUUGUACAAGUCGCAUUGAAGCCCUUCGACCCAAGAGUCCACCGACCAAUGGGAAAGUAAUUCGAGGUCGUGGACGUGGAUUUUCACGUGGUCGUGGCCGACCUAGAUAGCUAGCGGAGUGUUCUGCUUAUGAAUGAAUAUCUUAUCUAAUAAUUAGAUUUUUUAUCGAUAAUUAUGAAAAAUUAUGAUGAAUAAAAUUAGCUACUUAUGACAAUA